AUGAAUAAUCUUGCAAGAAGUUUUUGUUACUGGAAACAAAUUGACCGUAACAUAGAAGAUCUAGCAAAGUCUUGUCGUCCAUGCUGUUUGAAGCAGAAUCUUCUUGAAAAAGUAGAUGUCCAUCCUUGGCUGGUUCCAUCAGGACCUUGGCAACGAAUACACAUCGACUUCGCAGGUCCAAUUUAUGGGCAAUACCUUUUUGUUAUCGUUGACGCCUAUUCAAAGUGGGUUGAAGUCAUACCAACCAAAACUACAACAUCUAAUUGGUGCAUUCAACAGCUCAGGAAACUCUUCUCUACCUUCGGUUACCCGUUCACGUUAGUCUCUGACAAUGGCCCUAACUUCACAUCAUCUAUUUUCAACCAAUUUCUACAAGCUUGUAGCGUUACACACAAAUUCUCUGCCCCCUAUCACCCUGCAACCAACGGACAAGCAGAGAGAUUUGUUCAGACUGUAAAGAAACAGUUAAUAGCAAUGGAAAAUGAUGGAGGAGAUUUGCACUUCAAAAUAAAUCACAUCCUAAUGUCACUAAGGAAUGCCACAAAUGCUACAGGGUCCUCGGCAUAUGAACUUAUGUUUGGGAGACGAAUAAGGACAAGGCUGGAUCUUAUGAAGAGACCCCAAGAUCACACAGAAAUGCCCAACGGAUGUACUAAAAUCAAAAGAGAGUUUCGGGUGGGGGACAGAGUUCAGGUGCGCAAUUUCGGAAAAGACGGAAAGUGGAAAUUUGGAAACGUAAGAAGGAGAGAAGGAUUGGUGCAUUAUCAAAUCGAGAUGGACAUUGGGCAGGCAGAAGAGGACGCAGAUCGACUGAUCAUCACUACAGCCAUCAAUCUGUCUGCUCAAAGUAGUUCAGUCACUGUUGUUGGAGAAGAUAUCGAUAUUCUGGUGCUACUAGUGGGCUUAGCAUCACCAGCCAACGUAUUUCUUUUCAAGCCUGGGAGAGGGAAAGCCAAACCACUUUGGUACCAUCCUCAGAGCCUGGUCAGUGAAAGGAUCGCCUAG